GCCGCAGUUUUUUAGCAACGAUCAAUGGGAACACAUUGUAAUCGGUUCUCAAACUGUUCAAAACACCAUGUCAAUGCAUUCGACAAUUUUUGUGAUACUUUUUCUAACCGUAAUACAGUUGAGUCAGGGCGCCCAGUUUAUGAUGGGUUCAUCAGUAUUAACAAACAUGACUGGUACUGACGACGACAUGGUCCCAGCUCCGGAUGUGACCAUUGGAAAAAUCGAAUGCGGAGAGAUCAUUGCCUAUCUGAAAGCGUUGCACAGAUUCUAUGCACGGAAGUGCCACCGACUGGGCUCUAAAUGCACCGAAAAAAUCGCCUACGCAGCCAAAUGGUUCGAGCAGGUGGUUGAAACCGUCACAAAAACCUGCAGAAAUUGAAAAUAUUUUCUAGGGAAAUUUGCAUAUAGUGUUUACAGAACCACAAUCACAGAAUGUAAACAACAGGUGGAUUUUUUCGCGGAUUUAUGUUAAGGGUUCGAAUAAAAUCUCCAUUAGUACUGCAACUUCUGUUCAUUGGUUCUUUUCUUGACAGUCUUGACAAAGAAUUAUUUCUAACCAUGAAUAUCUGGGAUAGUUUGUUUCUCUUGUGCACCAUUCUGAUUGCUUACGCUGUUCGAGCUGAAUCGGCGGAUUGUGUGAUGGGCGACUCCGCCGAUGGUAACAAUAUGCCAAGUACACCACCACCCUGCUACGCCUUCGGACCACUCUCGGCAACCCCACUUCUACCCCAGUCCAAGGCUGGAGAAAGAAAGGUCGUCGGAACCAUUACGUGUGAAGAGGUUACAGCGUAUAUCAUGGCCCUCAAUAGAUACUACGAUCGGAUGUGUGUGCGGAUGAGGUCCAAAUGCGCCGCGAAGUAUCAGUACGCGGCGAGUUGGUUCAACCAAGUUGGCCAGGAUAUGAUGGCCAAGUGUGCCAAAAAGUCCUAGGGUGAAAAUAUUGGCAUGUGGCGUCGUAUUCCCCACGUAAAUAUAUUGUUCAUGUGAAUGUU